GAGAAUAUGCAAUGAGCUGAGCUCAUCCCAGCUGUGGUCUACGGUGAGUGGAGAUGGGCUACAGAGUGGAGUCCACAUAUAUUUUGACUGGCACACACGUUUUACCCUGUCAUGCCUUCAUCACGGUUCUCCCGUGACCGUAAAUGCAAGGAUCUUUUUUUUUUAUCGGGUUAAAGAGGUCGAAAGGAUUUCUUUUUGUAUCAGGUUUAGGUGAUUUGGUUUUGGUAGCCUAAUUGUGCAGCAAUAACUCCUGAGGCGCUUUAACUUCCAAGACGCGCUGUGCGUUCCUCUUCCAAAGAUCAACAUGAUGUCUGCGAUAGAUACGGGUACAUCUGUGUACCAACCAGCACAACUACUGAACUGGAUCUAUAUGUCUCUACAAGACUCCCACCAGAUCAAUGACUUCGAAGCGUUCAGACCGGAUUCUGAGAGUUCUCCAUCGGACGAGAACAACUACAAACAACGGUCCGCUGCUGCUGUCGACCUGAGCUCGGCGCUCAACUCAAACUAUCUUAACAAUUUCUUGCAACUUCAGAGGAAUGAGGCCUCAAACGACCAUUUGUAUAGAAGGUCCUCUCCUUACGGCUCACUCAGCAACAUCGUAGACGGCCUGAGUUCUCUGACGGACCACUUCUCGGACCUCUCCGUCUCCUCUGAGUCACGCAAACCCAGCAAGCGACCUCCGCCCAACUACCUGUGCCAUCUCUGCUUCAACAAAGGACACUACAUCAAAGACUGCCCGCAGGCUCGGCCGAAAGGGGAAGGCCAGACCCCAUAUCAGGGCAAGAAGAGAUGUUUCGGGGAAUACAAGUGCCCUAAAUGCAAGAGGAAGUGGAUGAGUGGGAACUCCUGGGCCAACAUGGGACAAGAAUGUAUCAAGUGCCACAUCAACGUUUACCCUCACAAGCAGAGACCUCUGGAGAAACCUGAUGGGUUAGAUGUUUCAGACCAGAGCAAGGAGCACCCACAGCACCUGUGUGAAAAAUGCAAGGUCCUCGGGUACUACUGUCGUCGCGUGCAAUAAUAACCUGUCGUUAUCUGGCCGCAAGUUCAUGGAGUUGCCCUCUAGACACUGAUCUUUGGUCAGUUUAGCAUUUUCUACACUAAUGUUUAAGGUCAGGUCUGGGGUUGGGGAAGCUGAUCCUAGAUAUCUACCUACAGUAGGAUAAACUACACCCCGAAGUCAAGUUCACUUCCCUGGCCUUUAGUUGACUUCCCUGGUUCACUUCCCUGGCCUAUAGUUGACUUCCCUGGCCUUUAGUUGACUUCCCUGGCCUUAAGUUGACUUCCCUGGUUCACUUCCCUGGCCUUUAGUUGACUUCCCUGCGCUUUAGUUGACUUCCCUGGUUGACUUCCCUGGCCUGUAGUUGACUUCCCUGGUUGACUUCCCUGGCCUGUAGUUGACUUCCCUGCGCUUUAGUUGACUUCCCUAGUUGACUUCCCUGGCCUGUAGUUGACUUCCCUGGUUGACUUCCCUGGCCUGUAGUUGACUUCCCUGGUUCACUUCCCUGGCCUGUAGUUGACUUCCCUGGUUCACUUCCCUGGCCUGUAGUUGACUUCCCUGGUUCACUUCCCUGGCCUGUAGUUGACUUCCCUGGUUCACUUCCCUGGCCUGUAGUUGACUUCCCUGGUUCACAUAUCUCAGUAGAAUAGUCCUGAUCCACUGUCAAUACUCUGUUGUUAUUGUUAUUAUGUUUAUAAAACACAUCUUGACCUGUUUCUCUGUUCCCUACACGUGUGAAUUAGGGGACCAAUUCCAUUUCACUUAAGUCUAUUUAGGAUUCAAUUACUUCCCGAAUUGAAGUGGAAUUGAUCCCAAACCUUGUGUGUGUUGUGUGUUUUAUCACGUAGUAGCUCCUGCCUACCUACCCAAUGUUAAGCUGUACCUCUAGCCUUCUUCUUUUUACCAUUAACAAGCAUCCUUUGUCCUGAUGUUGUCCGCAUUCUUAUUGCGCUCACAUUUUCUGAAAAUAUGUCUACACAUGGUAUUAAAAAUGUAUCAUAUCCGUCCACUGUGUCCGCAUUGUGACCAGAUUCCCUGGUUCCAUCACUGUAUCCUCAUGAUUCUGACAGCCGUUCUUUCAAAGUAGCAUUUGUUUAUUUAUUUUAAGACGCCAUUUGAUGCCGUAAGUCAAUGCUGCCACCUGUGAAAUAGUUUUAGAAGGCGGGGAUACCGACGAUUUUAAAUGGCCGACGACCUCCUGACGUGGUCAGGAAGAUCAGAUCACAGUGCAUCUUUUAAUCGUUUACACCUGUCUGAAAAUGUGGGCACAAUCAGAACGUGGACAAGAUCAUGACAAAGGAAGUAUGUUAGAACCGGGUAUAAAUGGGGCUUAAGUGAUAUCUGUUAGGCUGGGUUUAGACAGGUCUUUUGACCAAUCACAUCAGAUCUUUUUACGUCAAAUCCUUUUUUCAGAGGUGAUCUGAUUGGUUAAAAGACCAAUUAGUGAAAAUAAAUAUCAAAAUUGGGCUGCCUGUCUAAACGCAGCCUCUGUGUUUACAGGAUUCGUUAAUUUAGUAAUUUGUUAUGACAGUUGAAGUCGGAAGUUUACAUACACUUAGAUUGGAGUAAUUAAAACUUGUUUUUCAACCACUACAAAUUUCUUGUUAACAAACUAUAGUUUUGGCAAGUCAGUUAGGACAUCUACUUUGUGCAUGACACAAGUCAUUUUUCCAGCAAUUGUUUACAGAUUAUUUCACUUAUUCACUGUAUCACAAUUCCAGUGGGUCUGUGCCUUUAAACAGCUUGGUUAAAUUCCAGAAAAUGAUGCUAAUGCUUUAGAAGCUUCUGAUAGGCUAAUUGACAUCAUUUGAGUCAAUUGGAGGUGUAACUGUGGGUGUAUUUCAAAGUCUACGUUCAAACACACUGCAUCUUUGCUUGACAUCAUGGGAAAAUCUAAAGAAAUCAGCCAAGACCUCAGAAAAUAGUACCCAAGUGUAAACACCAUGGGACCACGCAGCCGUCAUACCGCUCAGGAAGGAGACGCGUUCUGUCUCCUGGAGAUGAAAGCACUUUGGUGCGAAAAGUGCAAAUCAAUCCCAGAACAACAACGACAGCAAGGGACCUUGUGAAGAUGCUGGAGGAAACAGGUACAAAAGCAUCUAUAUCCACAGUAAAACUAAUCCUAUAUCGACAUAACCUGACAGGCUGCUCAGCAAGGUAGAAGCCACUGCUCCAAAACCGCCAUAAAAAAAGCCAGACUACGGUUUGCAACUGCACAUGGGGACAGAUGAAACAAAAAUAGAACUGUUUGGCCAUAAUGACCAUCGUUAUGUUUGGAGGAAAAAGAGGGAGGCUUGCAAGCUGAAGAUCACCAUCCCAACCAUGAAGCACGGGGGUGGCAGCAUCAUGUUGUGGGGGUGCUUUGCUGCAGGAGGGACUGGUGUACUUCACAAAAUAGAUGGCAUCAUGAGGGAGGAAAAUUAUGUGGAUAUAUUGAAGCAACAUCUCAAGACAUCAGUCAGGAAGUUAAAGCUUGGUCGCAAAUGGGUCUUCCAAAUGGACAAUGAC